UGGUCUGCAAGGCCACGCACAGCCUGAUGCUUCGUCACCCCCACCAAAUCUAGACCAAGAUCACCGUGCACACGUCACUGCCCCUCCUCAUCUGUCAUCCGAGCCUCCGUCAUCAACGCCCUUCUCCGAUCGCGACCACGCAAUGUCGAACCGCAAGGGCGUCGGAAUCGCUGCCUUUGACCGGUCACGGCUGACGUCUGCCCAUUUUGCCUCGCAUGGCUCCUCGCUGCGCGCCAACAACGCGCAAGCGCUAGAAACGCAACUGUCCGUCUUCCGAUCCCUCUUGCAGCAGUUCGCCCAGACGCACGCCAAAGACAUCCGAUCCGACCCAGCAUUCAGAGCGCAGUUUGCACGCAUGUGCACUGCUAUAGGUGUUGAUCCCCUCGCUUCAUCAUCCUCGCAAGCAGCAGGCUCUUCGUCAGGGCAGAGCUCCGUCUGGGCUCAGCUGCUGGGGAAAUCGGUCAACGACUUCUACUUUGAGCUUGCGGUUCGGGUAGUUGAAGUUUGCGGCGCAACACGCGGCGAAAAUGGCGGCUUGAUUGGUCUCAAAGAGGUCCGGGACCGCGUCGCGCGUAGCAGAGACAUCGCAGUGUCGGGCGACAUCACCGAGGAUGACGUCCGCCGCGCGGUAGAGACCCUCAAGCCUCUGGCCGGUAGCUACAGCAUCGUCACGGUCGGUCGUAAAGAAUAUGUUCGCAGCGUUCCCCGAGAACUCAGUAACGAUCAGGCAUCUGUGGUAGAGGCGGUUCAGGUCCUUGGCUAUGUGAGUGUCGGCAUGCUGCGAGAUAACUUGGCCUGGGAGAGGGCACGAUGUCGGACCGUCAUAGACGAUUUGGUGGCUGAGGGCUUGCUUUGGGUCGAUAAACAAACAGGAGGCGAAUGGGAGUACUGGAGUCCUGGGUAUAUGGUUGAUACUCAGGAGCAAUCUGCCGCCGUGGGAACCUGAAAGAAGACUUUGCGACUUGCUACCACAAAACAUACCCGGCCAUAUGACAACACAGUCAUGUAUGGAUCUGGCCCAACGGCUGUUUCGGAGUCAUAAAUGGUCACAAACUCCGCGUCCAUUGUCAUACAACCCUACGCUCAAAACUUGUAUGAUAACAAGGCUACAUGAGCUACCUGUGGUCCUUUGCAGCAUGGCGCUGAAAAUGCGCAUUGAAGACUGCUUGUCGAUCACCGACGUAGGGAGACACUGAUUAGAGAUCAAAAAUAGAUUAAGU